AUGGCCACAGGCUCUGCACCGCUGGGCCUCAUGUCCUCGUCCAUAGGAAGGGGCCCUACAGGCUCUGCCCCACAGGCUCUCGUGGGGCUUGGCGAGGCAGUGCCCGGCACAGCCGCUGUGACAGCUGGGCUGGUGUGGUGGCGACCUCCUAUGAAGUCGUGUAAAUCCUGCCCCCAGCCCUCGGGCCCUACAGGAAGCCCUGCUCCGUGCCUUCGAAGGGGUGGACUGUGUCUUCCACGUGGCCUCCCACGGCAUGUCUGGCGCCGAGAAGUUUGUGUCCGCCGGGGAGUUCCAAGGCUCGUCUACACCAGCACCGUCAACGUCGCUUUCGGCGGGAAGCCCAUCGAGCAGGGCGAUGAGGACUCGGUGCCGUACUUCCCGCUGGAGAAGCACAUGGACGACUACUCCCGGACCAAAGCCAUCGCCGACCAGCUGACCCUCACGGCCAACGGCACGCCUCUCCCAGGAGGAGGCACUCUACGCACCUGUGUACUCCGGCCCCCGGGGAUCUACGGCCCUGAAGAGCAGAGGCACCUGCCCCGUGUGGCGAGCCACAUUAAGAAGAGGCUGUUCAUGUUCCGAUUCGGGGACCGCAGGACCAGGAUGAACUGGGUCCACGUGCACAAUCUGGUGCAGGCGCACGUGCUGGCGGCCGAGGCCCUCACUGCGGCCAAGGGCUACGUGGCCAGCGGCCAAGCCUACUACAUCAAUGACGGGGAGAGCGUCAACCUGUUUGAGUGGAUGGCUCCACUGUUUGAGAAGCUGGGGUACAGCCAGCCCUGGAUCCAGGUACCUACCUCCUUGGUUUACCUGACAGCCACGGUGAUGGAGUACCUGCACCUGGCCCUGAGGCCCAUCUGCAGCGUCCCGCCGCUGCUCACCCGGAGUGAGGUGCACAGCGUGGCCGUCACGCACACCUUCCGGAUCGGCAAGGCCCGCGCCCAGCUGGGCUACGCUCCGGACAAGUUCAACUUCGCGGACGCCGUGGAGCGAUACGUGCAGACCACGGCCCGGCGGCCCCGCGGCCCCAGGGCGCGGGCGCUCCUGCGGCUGCUGCUCGGGCUGCUGCUGCUCCUCGGGCUGCUCGCCGCGGCCCUGCACUUCCUUCGCCUGCAGCCGUCCGUCGUCUGACCAUCGGCCGGUUUGUCCUGGUCCCGCCUCUGCUCCACCCUCCGGCCUCGGACCGCCCCUGCCCGUUCCGGAGCCAUGGCCACGCCCCUGCCUGUCCUCCGGGUCUUGGUCCUGCUUCUCGCUCCGGCCCGGCCCGGUACCGAUGAGGUCCUAGCCUUAGGCCCGCUCCGUCUGACGGGACUUCUCCCCACCCCUGUCCAGACCUGGGUCGCCCCGGGUCUUCCUGUUUUGGGUCCUCCUUUUCCUGGACCCGGGGGUGCGCCUGAGCCCACCCUUGUUGCUCCUCC